AUGGAGGUGAGAGUUGCAGAUAUAAUAGAUAAAGCUCCUUACUUAUCAAUUGUAUCAGAUGGCUGGAGCAACAUUAGAAACGAGAGUAUUAUUAAUUUUAUGGUGAUGACGCCUGUUCCAGUGUUCUACAAAUUUCUAAAUACUGAGGAAAAUCGCCAUACGGCAGAUUAUAUUGCCCAGGAAUUUAAAAAUGUAAUUCAUGAAUUGAAUCCGGUAAAAGUAUAUUCUUUAGUUACUGAUAAUGCCGCUAACAUGAAAGCAGCCUGGAGAAUUCUAAAAUCUGAAUCUAUUUAUAAUCAUAUACAAUGUUAUGGUUGUGCAGCGCAUACAUUGCAGUUAUUCUUUCACGAUUUUGAACGAUUGAACGCCUUCAGUGACCAUAUUUCAAUAAUUAAAAAAAUUCUUAAAUUUUUCAAGAAUAAACACAUACCAGCUGCAGUAUUUUCCCGUAAUAAGAAUCUUCAUGGCAUACCAUCUACAUUAAGUACAAUUAGCCAAACAAGAUGGGCAUCGUCAAUAAAAUGUAUGGAACAAAUUCAAAUAUGCAAGAAACCUCUAAAAGCAUCAGUUGUUGAAGAAGCUGUUUGUGAUAUUUGUCCCAUAGAAAUUACCAAUAAUAUAUUAAACGAAGAAUUUUGGACGCCUUUAGCUACCUCAUUGUUGAAAGUGCAAGGGGAUAAAUGUACUUUGGCCCAAGUAAAAAACGAGAUGCUUAAUUUGGAAAAACACAUAAUACAAUCAUGCCAUGAUUCUAUAUUUUCUCCAUCUCAAGAAAAAAAAAUUAAGGUUAUGUUUGAAAAGAGAAAAACUGAUCUAAAUACAUGUGCUCACAAUGCUGCUUAUUUAUUGGACCCCCAAUAUCAAGGGGAGCAUCUUACUAAUACUGAAUUUGAUGAAGCAUGUAAUAUAAUACAAGAAUUGGGUAUUUUACAAGGUGGUGAUAAUCAAAAUAUUUUGAGUAAUAUAGUAAAUUUCAGAAGCAAAAGCGGUAUAUUUAAUAGCCAUAAUAUGUGGAAAGUUGUAACUUCUAUAAGAAACAAUCAAAUUUCAGCCUCAAGUUGGUGGAAUGCAUUUUGCCCACCUUGCCCAUUAAGAGAAGUCGCUAAUAUUUUACUAACAUUUCCUAGUUCGUCUUCUUCUUCUGAAAGAAAUUGGUCGGUUUAG